UUAGUGACGGGCGGCGCCUAACAUGUUGCCCCUUCUUUCCUCCGCUGCGGGGCUGGUAGCCUGAACUUGAACACUGGCUGGUACACAGCGAGCCACGACCCGUCCGUGCCAUUGAGCUACACAGUAUUCUUAUCAACUUGAUCAAUUAAGUCAGAUUCCGAUCGAGGGCUGUGGAUACACCAGACAAACCUUGCCUGGUGUAAUCAAACAGAAUGUCCAGACGCAAACAAGGCAGCCGACCGCAACACCUGAGUGCAAUUCAAGAUGCCCCUGAGCCCUUGGACGCUGCCACUCCAUUGUUGGAGGAGAGGUGGUCCCUUCCCCGGGUCAGGGGUAUUGAGGAGGGUCGUGACCUGCUGACCUGUGGGCAGUGCAGCCAGGCCUUCCCUCUCGCCCACAUCCUGGCCUUCAUCCAGCACAAACAAGGGGGCUGCCGCUCCCGGAAUCACGCCCCCAACACCCACACCCCUCCCUCCCCAGCCAACCGGACACAGCGACGUGGUGAUGUCACUCAGGUAGAGGCUGGGUUCGUGGAGUUGAGGAGUUUGACAGACAUGUCCAGAGGGGAGGAGCAUAGUGUGAAGGUGAAGAUGGAGGCUAACAGAGCAGAAGAGCCGUCCUGCUUUACCUGCCAACUGUGUGAGUGUGUGUUGCCCUCUGCCUGGGCCCUGCUCCAACACGCCCAGCACACACACUCUUUUAGUAUCUACCAGGAAGACGAGGAGAAGGAUGACGAGGAGAAGAUGGGAAGAGGGCGUCACCAGCACUCCAAACCUGCAGCUACUCUGGAUCCCUGUCAACUGAGCCACACCCUGGCCACUGCCUUCCACCCUUCCAUUCUGCGUCUGCCCCGCAUCUUCAGUUCUCGUCAGAACCGCAGGCCAGCUUCUCGGGCCAGCUCCAUCCCUUCCUCCAGAGAACGACAGGCCCUCAACUUCUGUCUGAGAGAGCUGGUUGAGGGCAGUAGCAACACCACCAUUGUCACCACUGCUGGAGAUCUGGUCACCUCUCCAUCGCCGUCCCCCCCGGCCGCCUCUUCCUUCCCCCAGUCCGGACCCGCCCAGUUGGGGUUUCCCUGUGAGCUGUGUGGCCAGGGUUUCCAGUCCCUCCGCAGCCUGUCAGCCCACCGGAGGACCCACUCAUGUGAGCGGCCCUAUCACUGUGGCUUGUGUGACCAGGCCUUUGCCCAGAGUGGUCAGCUGGCUCGCCACAUGAGGAGUCACCGCGGAGAGACUGGUGGAGGGGGCUACGAGGGGGUGGAGGUGGGGCUGGUAGGGGAGGAUGAGGGGGGUCGGCAGGGGAUGAGAGGGAGAUUUGUAAUGCAGGGGACAGGAGAGAGGGUGUUGAGUGGAGGACCAGGGGAGAGGGAGACCUCUGAGUUGGACCUAUCCCAGUCCAAGCCUCACUCCCCAGGCUCUGGACUUAUCCUGCUCGCUUCCCAGCCUGGAGGUCCAGACAUGAGCCUGUUCAGGCUGUUCCAACCCCAGGGAGAAGUGGUGGAGGGUCAAGAGGAGCCCCAGCAUGCGUCCCCCUACGCCAGCCCUUCAGGGGGGUCACUUGAAAGUGGAGAGACGGGUGGCAGCGGGGAGAGUGGCAUCGCCAGCGGAAAUUGCACCCCCAAACGUCCGGAGAGGGAGGAGAGGGCUCAGGUAGGGGGGGAGUGGGUGAGCGAGAGGGAUGGAGAGAAGGAGUGGCUUGCAGGUGGGAACAUCGAGGUGGUCCAGGAGUGGCAGAGGGAGAGUGAACGGAGAGGAGGAGGAGGAAACAGCGUCAUCAGCAGUAACAGUGGUAACAACGAUGGGGGGUCAGGGAAGAAGAAGAAGGAGGAGGCCUGUGAGUACUGUGGGAAACAGUUCCGGAACAGCAGCAACCUGACGGUGCACCGGCGCAGCCACACGGGAGAACGACCCUACCAGUGUGGCCUGUGCAGCUACGCAUGCGCCCAGAGCUCCAAGCUCACACGCCACAUGAAGACCCACGGCGCCCACGGGGCCCGCGCCCCGUUCCUGUGCCAGCUGUGCGGGGUGCCCUUCACUGUGUACGCCACCCUGGAGAAACACCUGAAGAAGGUGCAUGGGCUGAGCCAUGCCAGAGUCGGGACCUACACCCAGGCCAGCACAGCUGAUGCCAACUGGGCCCUUGUCAAAAUGGAGGACGGGUUGGUCAUCAAGAUGGAGGAUGAAGCCAGCACGGACCAGACAGAAAGCAACAUGGCUGCCAUCGAGGUGGUAGUGGAGGCUGAGGAGAACCAGAAAGGGGAGGUGGAUGGUACUGUCAGCCCAGCCGUAGUGGAGGAUAAUGUGGGUGAGCUUCCUACUGAAGGCAGUGUGGAUGUGGGCUUGGUGUAAACUACGGGUCCAGCAUAGCCGUCAUUUCACACUUUUGUACACUGACUAAGACAUUCAGAAGCACUGGCUUGGACUCUCAAUCAUUCCAACCACUUUGACCAACAUAAAUAUCCAUAUAAAUGUAAUGAACCUUUCCUAGCACUCAACUGGGCAUCAAUUCCAACUGGAAUCUAGGUACCAACCCUGCUCUCCUCUGAAUUCCCUAUCUGUGCAAUGCUGAGGUGCAUCACGUCUCGCCAGAGCUGACAAUUAGCAUAUGCAAAUCCACCUACUUAGACCACAGCACAAAACCCAGACAUGCAAUGGAAAGGUGGAGGGCAAACAGGACUUAAGAACAGGAAUUCAUACCACCACAGUCCACCAGAACACAGGAAGUUGAUCACUAUGCUCCAGCAGAAUAUAGGAAUUGGACACCCGUGGUCAAUUGAUUGGUUCACUCACUCAACAUAAUGAUGAUUACCAAUCUGAACUGUCAAAUGUAAAAAGGGUUUAAUUGUUUUUAUAUUUUUUAUAUCUAGUGGCAAGAGAUUGCGACAAUAGUGAGGCUUUCAUAUCCUGUUCCGUUGCUUUGGUGACAACUGGGAUGGUGGUCGUUUCACUCUGUGGAUGAAUGAAAGACUAGUUGUUUGGACGGAGACGGGGUCAAAGGGGAAACGAAGCCAAACAUAGAUUGCCUGUCGUUUCUCUGUCCUUCUAAAUGUGCUUCUAUGUCACAACACUUGCCACUUAAUGUAAAGUUUGAGGCUCACGAGGCCCAGCAGCAUUGUGUUGUUCCUCUCUGUGUAUGGAUGUUAUUUUUAGAUGUGUAUACGUCUCAUCUGCUGAUUUCCUGAACUCCUAUGCAUAAAAAAAAAACUGCAAUUUAACUUCAUAUGAAACUUGUGAAUUUCUUUCUUUUUGUGCUUGAUAAUUGUUUGGGGGGGGGGGAUCUUUUCUCUUUCCUUUGUUUACUUUUUUUUUACGCUGAAUUGCUUGAAGCUUAAGCAUGCAUGUUUUGCUGGCAUCUGACAUUUUUUUCUGUUUUCUUUUGCCUGUGUGCUUUAAAAUUUGUCCUUAUUUAUGAACACUGCAUGUUAGUGGUGGGCAAAUGAAAAGUCUAUCUACUGCUAAACUACAGGGUGGAGAGCUACAGUGAAUGGCUUGUUGAUAGGUGGGAGAGUUUUGUGGGUAACACCGAAUGAGCACUUGUGUAUGUGUCUAUGUUUACUCUGUGUGUGUGUGUGUGUGUGUGUGUGUACAGGGGAAUUUUUUGGUAACACUUGACUUGAACCUUCGGUCAAAUGCCUAACUAACUACAUCUGAAACAUGACGUAACAAGUCAUAAGCAAGCUGUUUUAUGUGCAUGGAAAGUGAGCCUAUGCCAACAACAAUUAUGCAGCUAACAUUUAGCUACAUUUGCCAUUGUGGCUGAGAACAUGCUUUGAGUGAUGUGUCACCAACUAAUUUUCUGACUACUGUGAUUUACAUGAUCAUUAUUGAUGUCUAUAUAUACUGAUGGCAGGGAACCCUUCUUUUUGGACACUUUGAAAAACCAAUUCUAUGCUUUUGUGUAUGAAAUGUAGUGAUAGGGUAAAAUGUGAAUGAUUGAUGGACAUGAGCGGAGUAUACUUGUUCAGGGACCAAUGUUAUGUACGUAAAAUGGCACUCCUACAUGUAGAUGUCGUUGCCGUUUGUUAUCAUCAAUUGACUGUAUGCUGUAUGCCUCAAACUCAUUUUCCCAGCAUUCCUGGUUUUCUCUGUCUGUGCUGACUGCAAUGAGGCUAACUAUGCCACUGUCUUUUAGUAAACUUGAUACCAUUUUGUCAUUGACCUGGUUAUGAGAAGUCUCAUUAAAGAUUUGAGGCAAAGCGA